AUGGCUGAUGCUAGUGCUGGUGGAGCAGCUAGAUCUGAGACCGGGAAGUCCCAGGCAGCACACCUCAUUGAUCUGGUGCAAGAGAAACUGAGCCUGGCGCAGCUGCACUUUAUGCAGCAGGUGGAACUCUCCAAGUGGCAGAAAACAUUUCCGCAGCGGCGGGAACGGAACAUCCUAACCGGCCUGAGCAUCGGGGCCUUGGUGUUGGCCAUUUAUGGCUAUACAUUCUACUCAGUGGCCCAGGAGUGGUUCCUAGAUGAUUUGGAAGACAAGGUCAAAGCUGCUACAGUGAAAGCUGCUAGAGUGAAAGCUGCCGGGACCAACAGCCCUUGA